AUGUCGCACAUCGCAGUGGAGCGCAACCGGCGGCGACAGAUGAACGAGCACCUCAAGGUGCUCCGCUCGCUCACACCCGCCUUCUACAUCAAGCGGGGUGACCAGGCUUCCAUCAUCGGCGGCGCCAUCGACUUCAUCAAGGAGCUGCAGACGCUGCUGCAGUCGCUGGAGGCCCAGAAGAAGCGGAGACUACAGCAGCAGCAGCAGCACAUCUCGCCGGCCGGCGGCAGCCCCAGCCCGACGCCCAGCCCGCGCUCCCUCAUCACUACCUGCUCUCCGACCGGCUUCAGCAGCAGCGGCGGCAGCAGCGCCGGCUCAUCCGCCGCCGUCAUCGAUAUCUCCCCCACCCUUACCCCCAAGGACAGUAAUAAGCCGGCGCCGCAGCUGGUAGCAGAGCUCGCCGCCUGCUGCAACUCCCCCAUGGCCGACGUGGAGGCUAGGAUCUCCGGCGCCAACGUGCUGCUGCGCACGCUGUCCAGGCGCGCCCAGCUGCCGGCCGUCAGGAUCAUCGCCCUGCUCGAGACACUCCAUCUCGAGGUGCUCCAUCUCAACAUCACCUCCAUGGACGACACCGUCCUCUACUCCUUCGUCCUCAAGAUCGGCCUUGACUGCCACCUCAGCGUCGACGACCUUGCCAUGGAGGUGCACCAGACCUUCUGCGACCCACCACCACCUGCACCUGCACUCCUCCACCCUCACCCUCACCAUCACCUCCACUCCAUAUAGCUUGCUUGCUUGCUUUUAAUUUCUAUCUUAAUUAUCUGCAUUCUGCAAUAAUUCAUAGUAUUAAUUAAUAUGCAUGCAUCAUCUUGUUUCUAGCUACUACUAGCUAUACCUAUCUACAUCUCGUAUAUUCCUUCCCUAUAUCGAUCUAUA